CAAGGAAGUUUCAGCCCUGAGCCUCUGCGUUGAACUACGGCGAUGGCAUUGAGUCCAUUGACACCACCACCAGGUCCCACAGCAGGACCACCAGUUGUGAUCACCACUGCGUCUAGCUCUAGCUCAGGUUAUGCAAGCACCACUAGUACCAGUUCCUCAAGCUCGUCCGGGAGUGGACUUAGCACUGGAGCACGAGCUGGUCUAGCAUUUGGGAUAGUGUUUUUCUUGAUAUUACUCUCACUGCUGUUUGCCAACUUAAGGAGACGAUAUCAGAGGGCUCGGGAGAAAGUUGAUGAUGAACCUGCCCUUGUGACGUCGGACGUUAGUCAACGCCUCCCCCCUCAAUCUGUUGCAUCUCGAGGGAGAGACUUUCCACCUCCACCUCCACCGCGGCUGGAUACUACGUAUCCGAAUUCGCCUGAUAUCUCAAGCGCUGCUCCAUUGUUAAGCCACGAUUCCCAUCGGAAUUCAUACCCCGUAUCUGCUCAGAACCGCUACAGCACACUGUCGCAGGUAACAGACCCUCAACGAAUAGCUACGCAAGAUGUGCCUACUCUCCCAAAUCCCCACGAGCCAUUCUCAGCACCUGCUCGCCCUGCAUCAUACUAUUCUCCAACGUAUUCAAUACCCUAUGACGCUUCGGCGAGUGCUGCGAUGAUGGCCCCCUUCAAUGCGCCAGCGGGGGGCAGUUCAAGCAACUCUCAGCCUGAGCGCCAGCUUUCGACGCUUCACGCAGAUAUGGCUCGACAUCAGAAGGAGCUCGAGCUGGAACACAAGAAACGGAGUCUCGAUGAGGCUCGAGAACAGCAAGACCCUCCGCCAAGAUAUCUUUCUUGAGGGUGCAUCACGCACUAUAUCACAAUAAUUAAUUGCUCUUCCUUACUUUGAACUGCUUUUCACAUACUCUGAUACAUAUUUAAAGCCUGGACUUGGAACAGCACGAAUAACGUUCGUCAAUCAUCGAGGCCUCGGUCGCUAAGGUACUUGUUGCUACUUAAAACUGUGCUUUUGUUUCAGUCAUGUGUAGUUUC